CCCGCUUCCAUCUGAUCCUGCCCUGGAGUUCUGGAUCUUGAUCGCGGAUCAGGUUGAUUUCCCUUUCUAUAUGAACGUAGGGCUGUUCUCGGAUGAUGUAGAGGAGGAUUUUACUGUUGAUGUGGAGUCUGAUGAUGAGUUUAGGGUCGUAGAUGUGGUGAUUAAUGACGAGGAAGAGAUAGAGGGUUCUGUUGAUGAGGAGGAUGAUAAUGAGGUAGAGGUCCCAGAAGGGGUGGUAAAUGAGGAGCAGGAGCUAGAGGAUUAUGAUGAUGAGGAGGAUGAUAAUGAGGCAGAGGUCCCAGAAGGGGUGGUAAAUGAGGAGCAGGAGCUAGAGGAUUAUGAUGAUGAGGAGGAUGAUAAUGAGGCAGAGGUCCCAGAAGGGGUGGUAAAUGAGGAGCAGGAGCUAGAGGAUUAUGAUGAUGAGGAGGAUGAUAAUGAGGCAGAGGUCCCAGAAGGGGUGGUAAUUGAGGAGCAGGAGCUAGAGGAUUAUGAUGAUGAGGAGGAUGAUAAUGAGGUAGAGGUCUUAGAAGGGGUGGUAAUUGAGGAGCAGGAGCUAGAGGAUUAUGAUGAUGAGGAGGAUGAUAAUGAGGCAGAGGUCCCAGAAGGGGUGGUAAUUGAGGAGCAGGAGCUAGAGGAUUAUGAUGAUGAGGAGGAUGAUAAUGAGGCAGAGGUCCCAGAAGGGGUGGUAAUUGAGGAGCAGGAGCUAGAGGAUUAUGAUGAUGAGGAGGAUGAUAAUGAGGCAGAGGUCCCAGAAGGGGUGGUAAUUGAGGAGCAGGAGCUAGAGGAUUAUGAUGAUGAGGAGGAUGAUAAUGAGGUAGAGGUCUUAGAAGGGGUGGUAAAUGAGGAGCAGGAGCUAGAGGAUUAUGAUGAUGAGGAGGAUGAUAAUGAGGCAGAGGUCCCAGAAGGGGUGGUAAAUGAGGAGCAGGAGCUAGAGGAUUAUGAUGAUGAGGAGGAUGAUAAUGAGGCAGAGGUCCCAGAAGGGGUGGUAAAUGAGGAGCAGGAGCUAGAGGAUUAUGAUGAUGAGGAGGAUGAUAAUGAGGCAGAGGUCCCAGAAGGGGUGGUAAAUGAGGAGCAGGAGCUAGAGGAUUAUGAUGAUGAGGAGGAUGAUAAUGAGGCAGAGGUCCCAGAAGGGGUGGUAAAUGAGGAGCAGGAGCUAGAGGAUUAUGAUGAUGAGGAGGAUGAUAAUGAGGCAGAGGUCCCAGAAGGGGUGGUAAAUGAGGAGCAGGAGCUAGAGGAUUAUGAUGAUGAGGAGGAUGAUAAUGAGGCAGAGGUCCCAGAAGGGGUGGUAAAUGAGGAGCAGGAGCUAGAGGAUUAUGAUGAUGAGGAGGAUGAUAAUGAGGUAGAGGUCUUAGAAGGGGUGGUAAUUGAGGAGCAGGAGCUAGAGGAUUAUGAUGAUGAGGAGGAUGAUAAUGAGGCAGAGGUCCCAGAAGGGGUGGUAAUUGAGGAGCAGGAGCUAGAGGAUUAUGAUGAUGAGGAGGAUGAUAAUGAGGCAGAGGUCUUAGAAGGGGUGGUAAUUGAGGAGCAGGAGCUAGAGGAUUAUGAUGAUGAGGAGGAUGAUAAUGAGGUAGAGGUCCCAGAAGGGGUGGUAAAUGAGGAGCAGGAGCUAGAGGAUUAUGAUGAUGAGGAGGAUGAUAAUGAGGUAGAGGUCUUAGAAGGGGUGGUAAAUGAGGAGCAGGAGCUAGAGGAUUAUGAUGAUGAGGAGGAUGAUAAUGAGGCAGAGGUCCCAGAAGGGGUGGUAAAUGAGGAGCAGGAGCUAGAGGAUUAUGAUGAUGAGGAGGAUGAUAAUGAGGCAGAGGUCUUAGAAGGGGUGGUAAAUGAGGAGCAGGAGCUAGAGGAUUAUGAUGAUGAGGAGGAUGAUAAUGAGGUAGAGGUCCCAGAAAGGGUGGUAAUUGAGGAGCAGGAGCUAGAGGAUUAUGAUGAUGAGGAGGAUGAUAAUGAGGCAGAGGUCCCAGAAGGGGUGGUAAAUGAGGAGCAGGAGCUAGAGGAUUAUGAUGAUGAGGAGGAUGAUAAUGAGGCAGAGGUCCCAGAAGGGGUGGUAAAUGAGGAGCAGGAGAUAGAGGAUUCUGAUGAGGAUGGGUCUUUUUCUAGUGAGUCUCUUGAGGCGUCUAGUGACUUCUCUGGGUAUGAUACCAUGAGCUCUGAGGAAGAAGACAGUGAAGAAGAUGACCCCCUUCAAACACAUCUUCGCUUCAUUGAGACGGUUUCCCGUUUCAUCAGACUCCAACGGUACCAGGCGCCGCCAGAGGACUCCUCGGAGAGUGAAGAGGACCACCGACCUCCACGGCCCGGCCCUUCUUCCCGGAGGAGGAGAAGAGAGGAAGAUGACGAAGAGGAGCCCCCUAUGAAGCUUUUUCGUCGGGACCUGUGAGAAGAGGAAUUUGAUCAAGAAUCUUCCUUUAACUCCUUCAACAACUUCUCACAAUGAAGAGAAGCUGAGGCUUCAGCAGAAGAACCAAACAUUUUACCAUCUUGCUUUGGAUCAUUUUGUAGGAGGAGUUAGAUGUAUUUUCUUGAUUUGAUGAUGAUUGG